AUCCGGAACCAUUAAUCAAUUCCAAUGAAUCCGCUCCUAUUCCUCUACCUCAACCUGGUCCGUGCACCCCAGCUCAAUGCGAAGCGUCUGAAGAAGGAGGAGGACGAACGCUUGGCACGUGAAGCGGCUGACCCGACGCUGGCCGCAGCAGAAAGCAAAGCGACGAAGACGAAGUCGGCGGACGGCGAGAAACCGCAACUCACGUCGUGCAAGAAGUGCGAAGUCCAAGUGCUAGACGCCGAAGUCAGCGCGAAUUUCGGCCUGUGCGACAAGUGCGCAUCCAACCCAUGGGCCCUCGUCACGCCCGUUGUGGUGUUCCAACUCGUUGGGAUCGUUGUGGCGCUGGCAGUGUUCAUCUACCGAUUCCUCAACGGACUGCCGCUGGUGUAGGAUGUCAGUUGGGAUAACGCUAGUACAUAAGAAGAAGAUCAGUGUUUGAAGGUCAUGUCUUCAAGGUGGUCGGUCAGCGAGCGCCUUGUGCGACCGUUCGUGUCAAGUCGCUUUGCCCAGC